AAUUUCAAAGAGAAAUAAAUUCAAAGCGCUAUGCUGUGAAUUGUUGUGAAGACAGGAAUUAUUAUGCAUACCUGUACUUUGAUACGAGCCUAUAUUAAACUUGUCGUUUCUAAAUAUCAAUGAAAAAAGUAAUCGGAUAUUUAAUAACGCUCUCUCGCUACUGAGUUUUGAUCGUCGACUGAGAUGAGAAGACUGUUGCACACAGUCAACUGGACAGAAUUGGGUAUUAAGCGAACACUGAGUAUUUCAAGAUAUUGACAGUUCCACGAUUCAUUUCAAGACAUGUAGAAGACUCAUGACAAGUGCAACGAACGAUUUUCGGACCGGUUAUGUCCCAAAUACGUGUUGUAGCGCUGAGUAAAGUAUGCCAAAAAGAAGUCAUCGGAAAAACGCUUAUCUGGAUAAAGACUGCAAAAACCUCAGACAGAAUCGAAGUGCAUACCUGAUACACUUCGAAAUCGAAUUAGAAGGCAAUGAUCUAGUCAAAGAAAGGGUCGAACGCCACUGAUAACAGUAUAAGGAGGUGAGCUGUACCUGAUUGGACAAGACAGCUGAUCAUACCCAAUGACUUUAGUUUAUACAGCACGCAAUUAAGAGCAGAAUUAUAUAUUGUUUUAGGGUUUCUGUGUUGCAGAGCAAUUGUUGUCAUGCCGGAAAUACGACCGACCCUCUGACAGUGCAGCACAUCAUGACCUCACCUCAACCUCCCAGCACUUUCACUACAUUCACCACGCCGGAAGCAAAACGCGCUCUUUUCAUACACGAUGACCUGUAACUGUCCGGUAACGCAGCCGGGGCCUACUCUGGCCAGCACGUGCGGGGGCUCAGCCUUCAUGCUGUUCAUGGGGCUGCUCGAAGUUUUCAUUCGGUCGCAGUGCGACCUGGAGGACCCCUGCGGCCGCCCUGAAAGUCGCAUCGUUCCGGACCCCAUUUACGAUUACAUCGUGGUGGGUGGAGGAUCCGCAGGGUCGGUUGUGGCAAGUCGACUGAGCGAGAUUCCCUACUGGAAGGUGUUGCUGAUUGAGGCGGGAGGUAACGAGCCGACGGGCACUCAGGUACCAUCCAUGUUCCUCAACUUCCUGGGUAGCGACAUCGACUGGGGCUACAUGACAGAACCAGAGGAAGGGGCCUGCCUCGGCGAGAUGGGCCAAAGGUGCUACUGGCCUCGGGGCAAGGUCCUCGGCGGAACGAGCGUCAUGAACGGCAUGAUGUACAUGCGUGGCAGCAGUCGAGACUACGACGAUUGGGCUGAGCGUGGCAACGCAGGCUGGUCCUACCAAGACGUCCUGCCCUACUUCUUGAAGUCCGAAGAUAACGAGCAGGCUCACCUUAUGGAUCAGGGUUACCACGGUGUGGGCGGGUACCUCACAGUAACGCAGUUCCCUUACCACCCACCUCUGUCUCACGCCAUUCUGCAAGCAGGCCGCGAGAUGGGCUACCAGGUUCGUGACCUGAAUGGCUUGUCACACACAGGGUUCGCCAUUGCCCAGACCACUAGCAGGAACGGCUCCCGCCUCAGCGCUGCCAAGGCGUUCCUCAGACCAGUCAAACAUCGGUCCAACCUCCACAUCAUGCUCAACACGACUGUGGCAAAAGUACUCGUUAACGAUACCACUAAAGAGGCCUACGGAGUGGUGAUAAUCAGAGGGGGGCAGUCUGGAAUGAAGGAAGUCGUCCUUGCCAGAAAUGAGAUAAUAAUAUCAGGAGGUACUGUUAACUCCCCUCAGAUUCUUAUGCUGUCUGGAAUAGGGCCUAAAGAAGACCUUAAAUCGGCUGGCAUCCCUGUCAUCCUAGAUCUUCCAGGUGUAGGACGGAAUCUGCACAACCAUGUUGCAUUCUUUGUGAAUUUCCACAUCAACGAUACCGACACACAAGCACUGAACUGGGCGACAGCUAUGGAAUAUCUUCUGUUCCGAGACGGUUUGAUGUCAGGAACAGGGAUAUCAGAAGUCACUGCUAUUCUCAAUUCCAAAUAUAACAAUCCCGAUGACGAUAAUCCUGAUCUUCAGUACUUUUUCGGUGGUUUCCUUGCCAACUGCGCUAGAACUGGUCAGGUUGGCGAAAGGGCUCAUCCCAACAACACUAAUUCCAAGAGAACUAUCAAUAUAAUUCCUGCGGUGCUUCAUCCGAAGAGUCGGGGAUUCAUCACUCUGAGGAGCGCGGAUCCUCUGGCCCCACCAAAGAUAGUUCCAAGGUACCUGUCUCACCCUGACGACGUUUCCACCCUGGUCGAUGGCAUCAAGAUCGCAAUAGCCAUGUCCCAGACACCGAGUUUGCAGCGAUAUGGGUUCAAGCUCGACGAGACGCCAGUUCCGGGCUGCGAAAACUUCACAUUCGGCUGUGACGCUUACUGGGAAUGUGCAGUUCGCAGGCAAACAGGCCCCGAGAAUCAUCAAGCGGGUACGUGUCGCAUGGGACCUCCUGGAGACGACGAAGCAGUUGUUGACCCUGAACUUAGAGUUUAUGGUAUCGAAAGACUUCGAGUUAUCGAUGCAUCUGUAAUGCCUAGAGUUACGUCCGGCAAUACAAAUGCUCCAAGUAUUAUGAUUGCAGAAAAAGGUGCCGAUAUGAUCAAGAGUACAUGGUUUGGACGAAGAGUCUGGGAUAUCUGGUAUAAGAAAUAAUGUGUAGUGCUCUCUUAAUGUUAUUAUAAUGUUCGCAUUGCGCGAUGUUUAUUGUUGAAUCGGUCUGCUCCUAGAUGCCAGACUAGAGACAGGUGUGAAUACCUGGAGUAAAGCCGUGGUAAGUUCCAUUAAAUUAAACAAGAAUUUCCUGGACUUCAAAGUCAUAAAAAUACGGUGACUUGAGUAUCGAACAAUUCUUGUCGAAAACAAGCAGUGCCGCUGUUUUUACGGGGUACUUCCGUGACUCGUGCCGGUGUCACUGAAUUGUGCACAGAAUGGUCCCUCUGUUUUGCCCAGUAAGUUGCCCCUUUAUCGUCCAAGCCGAAACCGGGAAACUGUGACUCUUGCCAUAUGAAGUGCUGAGAAGCUUAAUGACAGUUUACGCUCGCUUUCCUACACUUCAUAAUUAAAUCACUCGUAAAAAAUGUCAUUUCUUAAUAUAUUAGUAACUCUCAGACAGACAAGCAAGUUCAACCAAGUAGAAGUUCGUAAUUCUUUGUGUUUUUGUCACGCCUAAAAGUACUUAAUUGUUACAUUCUUUUCAAUGAUAAACAAGACUACCUCAAAAAUGCUGAAGUUUUUCACAUUUUGAUAUUGAAUGUAUGAACAAAUUUCAUCUUAAAACAACUUUCUCUAAUACAGGAAAUUAUAUUAUAUCUCCUAUUUUUAUUGCCUGGAAUGUGAAUGUUGUAAGCUGUCUUAAUAAAAUUUAAAAUAUUCAAAA